AUGCAUGAUGCUCGUCUAAAGCAAGCUGUCUGCAACACGGUACUAGCUAGAGCGUGGGGGAGGUGUCUCAUUCUCGGCGUGCUGUGUGCCGCAGGAGUGUUCUUCCCCAUGGGCAAGGGGUGCUACAGAGUGGUGAGGCUGCUGGAGGACGAGGCUGUGCUCAUGAGCUCGCGGGACAGAGUGCCCUUCAUGCUGCUGCUCGAAGUCCUCAACUGCCUCCCCUGGAGUGCACGCAAGGCCGGCACGGCACCUGAGGGCAUGGCGCCGGCCAAGACAGGCAUCCCUCUAGCGGCCAGCCAGCCCCUGCCCAUGCGCCCUCCCCCCUGGGCGCUGCACAUGUGGAGCCACGCGCGCCCCGCCUCUCAACACGCACAGGAUGCCCCCCUGGGUCUCUCACGCACCUUGUCAGACGUGGCUCUGGACCGAGCCAUGGCCAGCAUGUACUCCCGCAUGCGCCUUGUGCAGCUCAGCCUUGAAGUCUGCAAACGCCCACCUGCUCCUGCUGCUGCUGCUGCUGCUGCUGUCGCUGCGGCUGCUACUGCUACUGCUACUGCUACUGCUGAUGCCACUGCUACUGCGCCUGCUGCUGGUGUCAGGACAGACAUUCUGAGUCAAGUGCAGCAGGCAGUAGCAGCUGGAGCAGCACUGGCUGGUGCACGCAGCAAGCCCAACCUGAGUCCAAGCGUCCCUUCUGUGGCAUCCAACACGGAUACAGAAAAGGGGGGCGAUGCAGAGCAGGCAGAGUGGGAGGAGUACGUGAGUGUGAGGCUGGUGGCGGUGCCAGGGGUGACUCUUGAUGACCUCACAGGCCUGGAUGCUGUCAGCCUCUCCCGUGGUCGAGCCAGAGUGCCCAGCAGCCUUGCCAUCGCGCAUGUCCGAGCAGUCACCCAUCAAGGCGAAGGGCCUCCUCCAGGCAUGCCUGUCACCAGUCCUUCGUCAGGAGUCGGCCCCGCUCAGGAACUUCUGGAGAGACAACGAGUGGAUGAGAGUUGGGAGAGUCGCAAGGCAAGAAUACGGCAGUCGUCCAAGUUCGGCACAUCGCCAGACUGGGACCUGCGUUCUGUGUCUACUGUUGCAGACAGAUACACACACACCAUGAUGGAACUUGUUGCUCGCUCUUUUUCCACCAUCUCACCCUCACAUGCUGCCACCUUUCUCGGUCUCACCUCUCAAGAAGCCCUUGCAUUCCUGGAGGCCAGGGACUGGAAAUAUGAUUCUGCAACAGACAUGUUUACACCACCAGUGGUCCAAGCAGGGAAGGACAAGGAACUCGAGGAGGAGCAGAGGCAAUUAGCUCAGGUGAAGCGUCUCACUGAGUAUGUCUUUAAUUUGGAGCAUUGA